CUCUCCUCUCCUCUCCUCUCUUCUCUCGUCUCUCCAUCCGACAGCAAAUACAAGGGAAUAGAUGAUUGCCCUCAAAGCCACUCAAACCUCCUUCACUUCCACCAAAUAUGUGCUUUUCCACACAAGAAGACUGCCCAAGAAGCGGUCAACUCUCUCCCUCUGCAAGUCCAACGACGAUGAUUCGAGUCCAUCAGAUGGUUCAUUACCUGAAGGAGAUUCUCGCAAGCAGGAACUUCUUGCCAGAAUCGCCAUGCUUCAGGCUCAGAAAGUCCGUCUCACUGACUACUUGGAUGAGAGGUCAGCUUAUCUAACUCAAUUUGCUGAAGAGGCCAAUGCUGAGUUUGAUCAGAUAGGAGAAAAUGCACUCAAAGAACUCGAAGAAGCUGGCACUAGGAUUAUGGAGAACAUGGAGAGUCAGAUGCAAGCCUUCCAGGAAUCCUCAGAGAUGAGUAGACUGGAGAUAGAAAAUAAUGAGAAGAAGUUAGCAGACUUCGAAGGUCAAAUUGAGAAAGAAAGGAAUGAAGGGCUGUUCUUCAAGAACCUGAGGCAAAGGACAACUAAAGAAAAAGCAGAAGCUAAGGAGGAAAUGGAGAAGAUUAGAGAGCUUACCAAAGAAAAUGCUGGAUCAAAAAUCAGAAGGAACAUUUACCUUGCAUUAGUUGCGGUGCUAGUCAUCGGGAUCAUUGACAAUCUGAUCUCUCCUUCAUAUGAUUGGCGGAAAGUUGCAGUUCUGGGGGCAAUUUUGGUGGCUUUGCUUUCUCAAUUCAUCUAUGAGCAGAGGAUGACAACAGAAGCAGAAAGAACAGAAAAGGAAAAGACUGAGGAAGAAAACAAGUGAAAUCCUUUAUUUCCCCUGUUGUAAAUUAAUUUCUUACAUAUAAUUUUCCACUAUCUUGGAUCACUAUAGCAUGAUACAAUAACCCCAACCAAAGUCUCACUGGUUGGGUUUGA